AUGAUUAGAAGACUACAUAUACUGAAUAUAAGGUAUUUUACUAGUUGUCAAAGGAUAAGUAACCAGUUGAGAAGAAAUGAUGAGAAAUUAGAAUCACCAAUUGAAUUAGCUAAAGAUUCACACUUCCCCUUUAUUAAACAAAAUUUGUAUAAAAAACAACCAAGACAACCAACUAAGAAAGCACCAUUUUUAUCAGAAUUAGAAGAUGAUCCAAAUCAUAUAUAUUUAACGAAUUGGAAAAAAAAAUUAGGUCAAUUUGUAAUUUCAACAUUUAAUAUGGAUAUGGAUAGAACAAGAUCGGGUCCAGUUGCUGGUGGUAUUUAUUUUGCAGAAUGUAAAAAACAAGCAUUAUAUUAUCCAAAUGAACCAUUAUCAAACACUGCUAAAUUUUAUUAUGAAACUUUAAGAUUACCACAAUCAUUUUCACAACAAGUUCAAAUUAUUAUAUUACAUUAUUGGAUUUUAUCAGUUAGAAUGAGAUGUUUACCAUAUAAAUAUUCAAAACUAUAUCAACAAAAAUUAGUUGAUCGUAUAUUUGAAGAUUUAAAUAAUAGAAUGACUAUAGAAUUAAAUAUUAAAAGUGGUAGAUUAUUAGAAGGCAAUCUAAAAGAUUUUCAUACUCAAUUAUUAGGUUGUGUUUUAUCAUAUGAUGAAGGUUUAAUGACAGAUGAUAUAACUUUGGCAAGUGCAUUAUGGAGAAAUAUUUUUAAUGGUAAUGAGAAUGUUGAUGUUAGACAUGUUGAAGCAUUAUUAGUUUAUGUUAGAUCACAAUUAUAUGUAUUAAGUAAAAUGACUGAUCGUGCUUUUGGAUUUGGUAAAUUUAAAUUUGUACCUCCUGAUCAAAUAGUACAACCAAUUACGAAGGAACAAGAAGAGGUAAUUAAACAAAAGACAAAGGAAGAGUUUCAAGAUAUGACAUUACCAAGUCAAAGAAGUGUAUUAUCAAUGGAUGAAUAA